CACACACUCACUCACACUCACAUCCUCACCCUCCUCUGGCCCCACAACCCCACCAUGGCUUUCUCCACCCUGUCUGCCUGUUCCAGCGACCUGAGCUACAGCAGCCGGGUCUGCCUGCCCGGGUCCUAUGACUCCUGCACCGACUCCUCCUGGCAGGUGGACGACUGUCCAGAGAGCUGCUGUGAGCCCCCCUGCUGUGCCCCCAGCUGCUGCGCCCCGGCCCCACGCCUGACCCUCCUCUGCGCCCCAGGGAGCUACAAGUCCAGCAGCUCCUGCCUGGCCUUGGGCUGCCAGCAGUCUAGCUGCCAGCCCUCCUGCUGCAUAUCCUCCCCUUGCCAGCAGGCCUGCUGUGAGCCCGUCUGCUGCAGGCCCGUCUGCUGCGAGCCCGUCUGCUGCAGGCCCGUCUGCUGCGAGCCCGUCUGCUGCAGGCCCGUCUGCUGCACGCCUGUCUGCUGCAGGCCCGUGUGCUGUGAGCCUGUCUGCUGCAGGCCUGUGUGCUGUGAGCCUGUCUGCUGCAGGCCUGUGUGCUGUGAGGCCUCCCCCUGCUCAGCCCCCUCGUCCUGCUGCAGACCCUCCUCCUCCGUGUCCCUCCUCUGCCGCCCCGUGUGCCGCCCCGCCUGCUGCAUCCCCGCCUCCUCCUGCCAGCCCAGCUGCUGCCGCCCGGCCUCCUCUGUGUCCCUCCUCUGCCAGCCCGCAUGCUCCCGCCCCGCCUGCUAUGUCCCCAUCUCCACCCCAGAGCCCUGCUGCUGACCUGGCAUGUCACCUGAGGGCCAGCCAGGCUCAGGUGCCACCUGUGACUCGGUCCUCCCAGCCUCCCUCUGUCCUGACCUGGGCUGGGUGGCUGCCCUCACUCAGGACAGGUUCCCCGAUGUCUCCACUGUCCUGACCGACUGACCUCUCACUCCUGCUCCAGGAACCCCAACCUCACGUCUCCCAGGGCUCUUGCCUCCCAGGAAUCGCCUCCAGCUGCCUCUGGGUCAUCAGCCCCGCUACCCCUGCAGGUCCUCUGUCUGGGUCACUCGACUUCCAACCUUGGGUGCACUUCCUUGGGCACUGGGAUAAAUAAACUCAGUUCAUCACCUGA